AUGAUAGAGAAUAAGGAAAAGGAAGAAGAAACCGGACUGAAACGUAAUCUUAUAGGAAACCCCAAUCCGGAUCGCACCCUUCUCCCACUUCACUCAACUUCCGUCCUUGCACUCUUACGAGACACUCCUACCCUCUGCAAAAAAAGAACCCCGGCCCCCCACUUGCAGACGGCGUAA